CUGGAGCUGAAGAAGACAUAGUAGAAGAAGAGGAGGAGGAGGAGGAGGAAGAGGAAAGAGAAGACAGUCAACCAUGAUUCACUCAAAUCAAUCCAUCCACUCAGUCUUCUGCUGCUGCUGUGCUGUCCAGACCAGGGAAUUCAGCACCCGCAUGGAGCUGGAGGGAAGCACCUCGCUGUGUUUCCAAAGCAGACGACACCCAGGUCACGCCUGCAGGGUCGACAGGUCGAGGAGGAAACUCCCGCUCCCCCCUCCCGAGGAUGAGGAUGGUGAGGGCACGGGUUUGUUAAGUGUCGUUGCCAUGUACGACUUCAUCGCCAAGGAGGACACUGACCUCACACUCAAACAGGGAGAGGACUACAUCAUCCUCCACAAACAGGACCAGCUGUGGUGGAGGGCGCAGGACAAACACGGGAAUAAAGGCUUCAUCCCCAGUAACUAUGUGACAGAGAAAAACAGAAUUGAGGCAAACUCGUGGUACUGCAAGAACAUCACCAGAACAGAAGCUGAACAGCUCUUGAGACAGGAGGAUAAAGAGGGUGGUUUUGUGGUGCGGGAGUCCAGUCAGAGAGGAGUCUACACUGUGUCUGUUUACACUAAGACAAUAAGUGGUAACGGCGAUAUUAGGCAUUACCAGAUUAAAACAAGUGACACUGGACAAUUCUUCCUGGCUGAAAGACACACCUUCAUCUCCAUACCUGAUGUCAUACACUACCACGAACACAACGCAGCAGGUCUAGUAACCAGGUUACGGUAUGCAGUCGGGCCAAUGGGAAGGUGUGUUCCCGCCACAGCAGGAUUCAGCUCAGAAAAGUGGGAGAUCAACCCCAGUGAGCUUACCUUCAUGAAGGAGCUGGGCAGUGGUCAGUUUGGUGUGGUGAAGCUUGGCAAAUGGAGGGCUCAGCAUCGAGUGGCCAUCAAAGCUAUCAGGGAGGGAGCCAUGUAUGAGGAGGACUUCAUCGAGGAGGCCAAGGUCAUGAUGAGGCUGUGCCACCCUAAAUUGGUACAGCUAUACGGCGUUUGCUUGCAGCAGCGCCCCCUGCUGAUCGUGGCCGAGUUCAUGGAGAAUGGCUGCCUCCUGAACUUCCUAAGGCAGAGGGGCAGGACUCUGAAGGAGGCCUGGCUACUGUCCAUGUGUCAGGACAUAUGUGAGGGGAUGGAGUACCUGGAGGCACAUUGUUUCAUCCACAGAGACCUGGCUGCCAGAAACUGUCUGGUUAACGAGCACAACGUGGUGAAGGUCAGUGACUUCGGAAUGACCAGGUACGUUCUAGACAACCAGUACACCAGUUCUAGUGGUGCUAAGUUCCCCGUAAAGUGGUCUCCUCCUGAAGUUCUCCACUACAGUAAAUACAGCAACAAGUCUGACGUCUGGUCCUUUGGUGUUGUGAUGUGGGAGAUCUACUCAGAGGGUCGGACUCCGUUUAACAACCAAUCCAACCUGGAAGUGGUCAAUGACAUCACCAAGGGAAUCCGACUGUACAGACCGCACCGUGCCACGCAACCGCUCCACGCCAUCAUGUACCGCUGCUGGCAUGAGAGGCCUCAGGGUCGUCCAUCUUUCUCAGAACUACUGGAGGAUAUCAGAAAACUGGCAGAAAACCCUGAUUGAUAUGCACAUA